AUGUCAUCCCAAGUCCAAACCAAGAACAUCUCAACAAUCGGCUACGUCGUCCACGACGCCAACGAACCCUUCAAACUCGAAAACCUCAUCCUCGACGACCUCCAACCCACCGAAGUCCUCGUCGAAAUGCAAUACUCAGGAAUCUGCCACACAGACCUCGUAAUCCAACAAGGCCAAAUCCGCGUGUGUCCCUACCCAGCAAUCCUCGGCCACGAAGGGGCCGGCAAAAUCCUCGCACUCGGCUCCGCCGUCAAUCCGAAAAGAAACCUCAAAGUCGGAGAUACAGUGCUUUUGAGUAUAAAUUACUGCGAAGAGUGUAAAUUUUGUAAAGCAGAGCAUCCGGCGGAUUGUAUUGAGGGGACGAGAUUACACUUGUUUGGCGUGAGACCUGAUGGCACGACGGCGGCGAAAUUGGAAGGGAAAGAUGUGGCGGUGAGAAGUCAUUUUUUUGGACAGAGUAGUUUUUUGCAGAAGAGUUUUGUGCAGGAGAGUUGUGUUGUGAAAGUUCCGGAUGGAGUUGCGGAGGAGAGGAUUCCGUUUUUGGCGGCUAUGGGGUGUGGGUAUCAGACUGGAGCCGGGACGGUUCUCAAUAUCCUUAAACCCGAACCAGACUCUUGUCUUGUCGUCUUCGGUCUCGGAACCGUAGGGCUCACGGCCAUCAUGGCUGCGAAAUACCUCAAGGUCAGACAAAUUAUCGGUGUGGAUAUCUUCGAUCAUAAACUCCCUCUCGCGACAGAGUUGGGUUGUACUGAUGUUUUGAACUCGAAAUCUUUGUCCGGCGAAGAGCUCGUGAAGAAGAUCAAGGAAUUGACGGGAAAGAAUAAUGGUGCGGAUUUCGCUAUCGAUUGUACUGGUGUUCCGAAGGUCAUUGAGGCCAUGUUGAAUGUGUUGUCGAUGAGGGGCACGGCUGCGACGGUGGGGGUGCCGCCUUCUGGGGCGAAGAUUGAGAUUGAUCCCCUACAGUAUUUACUUGGGAGUCGAGGGUAUAGGGGAUGUAGGGAGGGAGAUAGUAAUCCUCCCGUUUUCAUUCCGCAGCUGUGUAAGAUGCAGGCUGAUGGACAUUUCCCUGUGGAGAAGUUGUGCAAGGUUUAUGAUUACAAGGACUUUGAGAAGGCGUUGCAUGAUUUACAUGAUGGGAAGGUUACGAAGCCGGUUAUCAAGUGGUCGUAG